CCAUAUUAUAUAUAUAUUUUUUUAUUCUAAGUCAACCAAGACCGUUCAGUUCACCUAUUGAAGCGACAGAACCCCACAGGCAUCUCAAUGAUAUCACUGUGGUAACUGCCCCCAUUGGUAUAGAUCUAACUGCGUCUAAUUUGUCAGUGGAACCUGAGCCAAUAGUGUCACCUUGUGAAGACUCUCUUACCCCGAAAGGGUACGACUUUAACUUGGGCUCCUUAAAAGAAAUUAUUAUAAAUCAAAAUUUGAAAGCAAAAGUAAAACCAGCACUAAUAUCAUUUCUUGGCAUACCGCCUGACAGUGGCCAGAAAGCAGCAGUGAAGCAUAUUCUUGAUCGCUACACUGACAAAAUCAAGCCUCCAUUUGCAUCAACUCCUGGUCGAGUAGGGGAAGAUGUGACUACAGCUGAAGGUAUCGAGUACCAUGAAUUGGUAGCAACCGGCUUUAAAUCUGUGAGGAAUCUUUACAUUGGUGAAGUAACAGAAGAGUCAAGCUCUGGUUUUGUUAUUCACUCUGCUUUUGGUAUUCUCUCUGCUUUUAGACAAGGCCUUAUAGAGGAAAAGAAAUUACCACUUUUUGAUAUAUCUGUUUCUCAAUCCUCACAAGUUUUUGAAAACAAGCAACUAAAUGAGCAUCUCAUCCAUACUUAUCAGUAUCUAUCUGAUCAAGAGUCAAUACCUAAAAAAGGUACGGAGUCUCUUGAAGAUGUAGAAAAAGUUAGUGAAAAGGAUCAAGAAUAUGCAAAGAAGCUCAAGCGACAUCUUCCAGAAGGGAUAGCUCUUGUUAUUAUGUGGGAUGUUGCUCUAAAUAAGACCGUCCUUCAUUUCCUAACAGCUCUUCGUGGUCACCUUUACAACUGCCAUCCCUGGCUGUUCCUUGAUCUUCAGCGAGAUCUUGACAAGCUUCAUUUACCACCUGAAAUACCUCCUACUUCAUCUACUGGAGAUGGGAAGGAGAUAAGAGAUGGUGCACUUCUCAUGAAGUGGAGACCACGUCUUCAUUAUUUAAUUCGUUCUUGCAGAUUAGGAGAGACUAAGGAGAAGAAGAGGAGAAGAGUUUGUACUGUCUUUGCUAAGCAUGAUGGCACCUUUAAUGGGGAAAUGCAAGAGAAAAUGGAUGAGCUUGAAAGAAAAGUACAAGCAACAGCAAAACACAUUGGCGUGACGUCAUUACUUGAAGAGCGAAUUGUACCUGUCAACCUUAGUAGUGCAGGUCAAGUGGAUGAUGAUUCUUCAUUACAUCUUAAUCAAAAGCUCCAUCAAGUAAUCUGUGAGACGUCUUAUGAAAACAUUCCUAUUGCCUGGAUAUUCCUUCGUAGUUUAUUCUAUCGUAACAAAAAAUGUGUCAUUGCAAAAGAUGAGCUUGAAGAAAUGGCAGAGGAAUGUUGUAUGGAUAAAAGCUCAUUUGCAGGAUUUUGCAAGUUUUACACAUCCUUUGGGAGCAUUUUUGAUCUGAGCCUGGUUGAUGAGAAUUGCCAAACUGUUGCUGUUAAGCCAAUGGCCUUCCUGCGGUUACUCGAUUGCCUUUUGUACCCAAGUGAAGAGCUACGUAAAAAGUAUCCCAUGAUAUUGUAUGGAAUCUAUCCAGAGGAAGUUUGCAAGAAAGUGUUUAAUGCAGCAGAUUGGUCAUUAUUUAUGGAUGCACUCAUUUCCCUGUCUUUGGCAAUCAAGGUUUCAGCUCAUCUUAUUGAAGCACCAAAAGGUAUUUCACUCGAUCAUGAUGCGAGAUAUUACUUUAUUUCGUUGAGUCGUACUGGCCAGUUCAGCGAAGAUCCUCAUCCUCAUUCAAUACACAUUAUCACAAGCAUUAACACAUCGCACGUUUUUAGACAAGUAACAGUAACCAAACACCUUUUAAAAAUGCUGAAAGCUCCUAAGCUGAUCCCAUCAAAGAAUUUCAACCAAACAGUCAUCAAAGAUACAUCUACUGGAACGACAAUCACCAUCGUGUCUCACAGCCCAGCUACCAGGUUGGAUUUAAAUGUACCUAACAGUGAAGUAUGUGGGUGUAUCGUUCAUGCAUACAAUACAAUUGCUGAUAUGUGCAAAACCACUGUCAAAUACAAGUUUGUAAGGUUAUGUGCUGCUGAAAAUGUCUCAACCAUUGAAUCUAUUCCGUCUUCCGUGUAUCAUGUUCUACCAGAUGAUGAGCUGUGUGGUAAAUGCAAAGAGUCUAGUAGUUAUGAUAGUGACCUAGUCCAAGCAUGGAAUAAGGCACUGACUGAGUAUAAAAUAAAAGAUAUUUCUAAACCAACUGGAGAUUUAAAAGCUACAGAGCUGGCUGAUGUUGCUGAGAGAAUUGCAUCUAUUCUACAAGAACAUAAAAUGGGCAUUCGCAUGGUUGCUGAAACAUUGCUUGGUGAAAAGUACAAGGAAGUGUUACAAAUUGACACAAGACUAAAUGGUGACAAACUCCUGGACAAACUUGUAAACGACAUAAUCCUCCUAUGGUAUAAGAACCAGUUGAGUAUAAAAGGAAGCCAAGAACCAAGACGUGACUUUGCCAAACAGUUAUCCAAGCUAGGAGCCAAUAUUGCUAAGCUGAGCAUUGAUAAGCAAAAAGAGUUAGUAAAAAGCAAGUUUGAGACUAUGGCACAAGAAUUGGAUGCUUACUAUAAUCCAUUGCUGGGAACCACAGACUUGUAAUACUAAAGAUUGCAGUAAAUACUGGGCUAUACUAUAGUACAUAACAAAAUUGUAGGAUUAUUUUAUUACAAUUAGCAUAAGCACAAAGUUUUUAUAUAGUAUAUAUUUUAUAUUUUUCCUUAUGUACAUGUUUCUUAUAAUAAAUCUCCAUUGCCAUAUUCC